GCAGGCAUUAAUUCAGAUAUCACAAGAUUACUCACAGAGGAUGGAAAUGCUGGUCUAUUGUCAUUUAUAUCUUCUAUUUCAAUAUCUACAAGAUACAUCUGUACAGGUUUAUCCACUAUAACCUGAAGAGGAAUAAUGCACAACUGUAUGCCUGGACACAGCAAUUCCCUGUCUAUUGUCUCUUUAACAAACAGAAUUCCAUUCUGCAAAUUCACCUGGAAAUAUUCCUUCUCAUCUCUAGAGACAACAUGUAACAUUCUGGAAUUAAUCUCACCUAAAUCCAGUCCCAGAUCCUGUGCAAUUCUUCCAACAAAGGUGCCGUGUUUGGAUUCUUCUGGGAUGAUAUAAUGCAG